AUGCUGGCUUCUCUGCCUCCAGCGCCGAUAGAAUGGUUGGAAUGGACCAUGCUGAAGUUCGCUACUUCACGAGGAAUUCAUGAAGAGAUGCUUAAAGAUGAAGUGAGAACUCGCUCAUACCGCGAUGCUAUCUACAACAGCAAACAUCUUUUCAAGGACAAGGUGGUUUUGGACGUCGGUUGUGGCACUGGUAUCCUCAGCAUGUUUGCCGUUAAGGCUGGCGCAAAACAUGUUAUCGGUGUCGACAUGUCUUCCAUCAUUGGCAAGGCCCGUGAGAUCGUCGAGGCAAAUGGAAUGUCUGACAAGAUAACCCUUCUCCAGGGCAAGAUGGAGGAGGUAGAGCUUCCUUUCCCCAAGGUUGAUAUCAUUAUUUCCGAGUGGAUGGGUUAUUUCCUUCUCUACGAGUCCAUGUUGGACACGGUCCUUUACGCCAGGGACAAUUACCUCAAUCCCAAUGGCUUAAUCUUCCCCGACAAGGCCACCAUCUACCUUGGAGCCAUUGAGGAUGGCGACUACAAGGAGGAGAAGAUCGGAUUCUGGGACAACGUCUAUGGCUUCGACUAUUCUGCCAUGAAGGAUGUUGCUCUUACCGAGCCACUCGUCGAUACCGUUGAACUUAAAGCCCUGGUCAGCGACCCCUGUGCUAUAGUCACUCUCGACCUUUACACCGUCACCACUGCGGAUCUAUCCUUCAAGGUUCCUUUCACCCUUACUGCAAGACGCGACGAUUAUAUCCAUGCCCUGAUCGCCUGGUUUGAUAUUGACUUCACCGCCUGCCACAAGCCUGUUCACUUCUCAACUGGCCCACAUGCCAAGUAUACCCACUGGAAGCAGACAGUUUUUUACCUCCGCGAUGUACUCACCAUCCGCGCCCAGGAAUCAGUCACUGGGUUCCUGGAAAACAGGCCAAACCAGAAGAAUAAGCGUGAUCUCGACAUUACCAUAGGGUUUGAGUUUGAUGCCCAGGAUGAGACUCGUAACUCCCAGGGCCUCUGUCAGUACAGAAUGUGCUGA